UUAAAUUCCACCGGGGUUGAAUCACAGCCUCGUUUUCAGCAGCCUGCUGUACACAAUCAGUCCGCCAAAAUAAACCAGCAGAGGGAGAUUCAUACACCAACACUGGAAAACAUGAAAGGGUUUUUUUAACUUUGUUACCGAGCGGAGAAGAACGAGGUAAAAAAAAAAAAAAAAACAUCAAGAUACCUGGGCGAGAGCGUAAAUGAAGCAAACAUUGUAACAGAUAAAGAAAAAUGCAGUUGAGUGUGCGUGAAUGAAGUGCAGUAAAAACUGAGCGGGAGGCUACAGCAUGCAGUGGGAUGGAUGAGGCGGAACAGAACCGAUAUGUGUCUCAGCUCAAGGGCGUGUUUGACAGCUGUGACACCACCGGCACUGGGUACCUGGACCAGGAGGAGCUGACAGAACUGUGUCACAAGCUCCACCUCGAGGCUCAUGUACCUGUGCUGCUGAAGACACUGCUGGGGACUGACCACUAUGCGAGGGUAAACUUUGAAGAGUUUAAAGAAGGUUUUGUAGCAGUGUUGUCAAACUCCCUGGAACUCAGCACUUCAGAAGAUGAAAGCAGCUACCUGGAGCCAGCAGUCCCAGAAGAGGUUAAGCCCAAAUAUGUCAAGGGAACCAAGCGGUAUGGCCGCAGGUCUCAGCCUGAGAUCCCAGACUCAGAGGUGGAGAUCACAGCAGAUUCAGAGGAGCCGCUUCUCUACAAACCCACUGACCUGUUCCUGCCAGGCAGCAGGAGAGCUCAGCUGAGACGCUCCACAUCGCUGGAGAGUGUGGAGAGCCUCAAAUCAGAUGAAGAGACUGCCAGCAGUAAAGAACCACAGAAUGAGACAUUCGAAGCACAAGGCCAGAUGAGAACAUGGAACCCUGACGUGCUUGACAGUCCAAGACAGACCUCCAGUCCCCGAGUGGACAGCAUUGAUGUCUCGGACAGCCAGGUGCAGGCCAUCUGGGCGGAGCUGGGUGUGGGGGGCAGUGGCUACCUCAGCAGACAGGAGCUCUCUGUGGUCUGUGACAACAUCGGCCUCACAGACCUGCAUGCUGAGGAGCUAGAUGACCUCUUCAGGAAGCUGGAUAAAAACCGGAAUGGCAGAGUGAGCCUCAGUGAGUUCCAGCGAGGGCUGUUCCGACACUCCCCUCUGUCUGCACAUGCCUCCUCGACCCCCUGCAAACCCAGACUCAAGCGUGCUCUUCAUCAGGCUUUUGAGGAAAGCCCUCACAGAACAGCCACACCGUCUCUCCUCUGCACAAUAACGGGGCCUCGCCUGCUGUCCUGUAUUAACGAUGGCACUGGGUAUGUGAAUCCAGAGCAGGUCAUCAGCAUCUGGCGUGAGGAGGGGAUCUCUAACAGCAAAGAGAUUUUACAGACUCUAGAGUUCCGCCUUGAUGAGAAACUGAACCUUUCUGAGCUGACCCAUGCCCUGGACAAUGAGCUUCUGGUGUCCAGAAACGGACUCCACCAAGCUGCUUUGGUCUCCUAUAAAAAUGAAAUACAAUUUCUGCAGGGGCAAGUAGAACAGAGCUGCAAGGAGAGAGACAAGGUGAAGGCAGACCUGGAGAAGGCAGAGAAGAGGAGUUUGCAGCUGGCCAGGGAGGUGGACGAUCGCCAUGCUGCCAUGGAGCACCUGAACGACAGCAAAGUCAAGGACCUUGAACAGGACUACAAGGAGAAGCUGUCAACCCUGAGAAGUGAAAUGGACAAGGAGCGAGAGCUGAUCAUGCAACAGACAAACAAGCAGAGAGCCAAGCUGGAGGAGGAAAUCGAUUUGCUGCGAGCCAAUGAUGCCAUCCUCCAGGAGGAAGUCUCUGUGACAACAAAGGAAAACAGUCGCUUGGAGAAGGAGGUUGAUGAGCUGGUGGAAAAGCUGGCAGAUUCACAGAAAACAGUUUCUAAACUACAAAAAGACCUGGACCUCAUGCUGAUGGAAAAGUUUGGAAGCCUGGAUCCACACAAUACAGAGCUAUUCAAUCAGGAGGAGCGGUUUGCAGAGAUAAUCAAGGAGUUUGAACAGCAAUGCAGGGAGCUGCGGGACAGAAACGACGAGCUGCAGUCCGAGUUGGAGCUUCUGCGGGCCCAGGUGCAGGACAGGAGGUCUCGACACUCCCUGAGGAACAACAAGCCCCUCCGUAUCGAGGCUGACAGCAGGGUCCCCCCCACUGACUCCGACUCCGAUGAUGCAGAUAUAGUAAAGAAAAACAAGUAUCUCAGAGUAAGAAGAUAUCUGCCCACUGCAGGGAGAAAAGGUAGUGUUGCCCCUGAAAAUGAUCCUGCUAACAUUAGCAUUGAAACAGAGAUGGCUGUUGAGCAGAUAAAGGAGAAGCAUCAGCAAGAAGUCCAGGACCUGAAAAUACAGCUGGAAACCAAGGUCAAUUUUUAUGAGAGGAAUAUUGUGCUGAUGAACAGGAAUGUUGAGCUGGAGCGUAAAAACAUAGAGCAGGACUUCAAGAUCGAGAUCAGUGAGCUGGAGGAGCAGAAAGCUGAGCUGGAAGAGAAGUGUGAGCGGCUGCAGGGGGUUAUCGCUGAACUGAGAGAGCAGCUGCAGCGACCAGGCCAGAGCCAGGACCUGGAGAAGAGGUUCCACCAGGAGAGGGCGGACAUGGAGCAGUACUAUGCCAAAGAGAUCACUGGCCUUGCAGAGAGGCUAAACAAGGAGAAGAACCAGUUAGAGCUGGAACUGCAUGAGAAACAUGAAGAGGAGAUGGUGCAGCUAAGGAAAGAAGCUGCCGAUCUCAAACAAAGGCUAUCCCAAAUGGAAACACAACAUGCUGAAGCCCAACACGUUUUCCUGCAGCAAAACCACAAACUACAGAAACUCCAGGAGAAAUUUAGUCAAGAAAAGCAUCAAUGGGAGGUUAAGGAGAGAGACCGCUUUGAGGAGUACAGGAAAGAAAAGCUGAGAACUGAAGAAAAGAUGAAUGAAGAACAAGUCAGGAUCUGCAACAGUUUUGCCAUGGAUAAGAAGGUGAUGGAGGAUCAAUACAUGGAGCAGAUAAACCAGCUGAACAGUGAGAUUGGUACACUUAAAACUGAGUUUGAAAAGAUGAGAAGCAUGGGAACUCUUCCAGUACAGUCAGAAGGUUGGAAAGCACUGAAAAAGACAGAAGCUGCUUUUGAGAAUCGUAUUGCAUUCAUUAAGGACCAGGCUGGUUUAACCAAACAGCUGACUUCCGAUCUUAAGUUAAAGGAAGAGGAGGUAGAGAUGCUGAAGAGGAGAGAAGAUGACCUUCUCAGUCUUAAAUUACAGCAGAAACAACAUUUGACUCCAGUACAGGCCAAACGAUCAGAGCUUAAAGAAGACCAGGAGGUUGUGGAAAAUUAUAGUCAUCAGGAUAAAGAGUGUCAGCAGUUACAAACCCUGCUGCAGGCACAGGAAGAAGAUGCAAAGCUGCUGAGAAAUAAGGUGCAAGACAUGCAUGAACACUUGAAAAACAGCAGAGACGAGGUGCUCCAACUGAAAGCCAGGCUGAAGUCAGAGGAGGACGACAAGGAGAGACUUCUUGAAAAGGAAAAAAUUCAAAGUAGCCGAUGCGAGCAGCUGCAAAUCCAUCUAAAAACACAAGAAGAAGUUUUAACGCUGCUGAGGAGAAAGAAACAAGAUCUGCUAGACAAAUUAAAGCAGAGAGAACUUGAUGUGGUUGAGCAAAAUUUGAAAUUACAAUUUGAGGUGAAAGACAAGGAGGGACUUUUGGAGGAGAUCACAAAGCACAUUCAUCUUUGUCAGCAGCUGUCCUCUGGGUUGGUAGAAAAAGCUGCAGUGACAAAGGAAACAACAAAACACUUGCUGCAGUUACAGCACAUGGAUCCCCUGGUUCUUGAGCACGGGGUCCAGCUAGACUCUGAGGUGAAGGAAAGGGGACAGCUAAAAACCAAACUGAAGGAAAAGCUAGAUAUACUUAAGCACAAUUUGAUGCUGUUGAAAGAUCAUAUGAGCACAAUUCAGCAGUUGUCUGCCAAGUUGAAAGACAAAGAAGAAGAGGUGUUCCUUCUGAGAAAGCAGGCAGGGGACUUGUCUGGUUUGUUGCAGCAGAGAGAACAAGAGGCACAAACACAAAUGCACCAAGUGAAGGAAGAAUUUGAAAUGGAAAAAAACAAGUUGAAGGACCAGCUACUUCAGAUGGAAAAGCUGGUAACUAAAUUGGAGGCUGUAUCAGGUGAAGGCAGAACACACAGGGCUCAACUUCAGGGAGUUACUGAGGAAAACGCUGCACUGAAAGAAAAACUUGCCAUAUGCCAGCAAGAUGUCCAGAAGCUAGAAGUUGAUGUAAAUAGACAGAGAAAACAAACAGAACAGAUGAAGAGUGAAAAGGAGAUGAUGCAAAGUGAAGUAAAACUUCUCUUCAAAGAGAACACAAGAUACAGGGACGAGGUGUUUGAAAUUAGCACCAGGAACCUGCAGCUGAGCAGUGAGAACGCAGACCUGAAUGCCAAGAUCAAGGCCGACCAGAGUACCAUUCAGCUGCUGAACGAGAGGCUUGCACAGAUCUCCUUGCAGAAGGAAGAGGAGGCUGUGGUUACUAGGCAACUGCAGGAAGCAUCAGGCAGGCUGGAGAGAGAGCAGCUUCAGCAGCAAUCUGGAUGGCAGAGAGACAAAGAGCUGAUGGAACAAGAGCUGCAAAUCUCAAAAGAAAAGCUGCAGAGGCUGAAAGAAGUGGAGUCUGAAUUUUCAAGUUUAACAUUAAAGCACCAGUGGCUGGAGCAAGACAAGGAAAGUCUGGUUAAAGAGCUUGAGGAACAGAACGAGAAGAUUGAGAGGUUAGAAACAGCUUUACAGAAUGUUAGUGACCAGGCAGAUGAGCUGCGCUCUGCACUCCAGGCAGCCAAUCAGGACAAAGGAUCCCUGACGAAAGAGACUGUGAUAAAGCAGAAGAUACUGCAGGAGGCUGAGGACAAGAUCAAGCAGCUGGAAAUGAAUGUACAGCGGCUCCGACAAGAAAAAGAGCAGCUACAGACCAGCUACCGGCAGGCCGAUGAACAGGAGACACUCGCUCUCAGGAAGGAGUGUGAAUCUCUUCAUUCACAGCUGCAACAGUGUCAGCAUAAGAUUGAGCUAAUACAUGCACAGGAGAGUGAGCUGCAACGUGUGAACCAGGAAUGUCAAACACUAAGAAGAAAACAGACUCAGUUGGAAACUGACCUGGUGGAAGCUCAGGAUCAGCUCCUGGAGGCCAGCACCACCCUGACACUGGCACAGUCUCAGCACGUGAGGGAGGUGCAGCAGCUGAAGGAGCAGGCAGGUGCGGCAGUGCCCAGGGAUCAGCUGGCACAGCUGCAGAGCCAGCUGGCAGAGGAGGAGCACAGGGGCCAGCGGCUGCAGGAGCAGAUCAACAUCCAGGCUGAGCAGGCUAGCAAGCAGAUGGCUCUUCAGCAGGAACAAUACAAGCAAGUUCUGAAACAAAUGGAGGAAAGGAUGGAAGAGGUAGAGGCCAAACUGAAGAAUCUGCGAAUGGUGCUUCAGGAGAAAGUAACCCAGCUUAAAGAGCAGCUCGCCAACAAUGCAAAGUCAAACGUGCUGCUGAAGGACCUCUAUGUGGAGAACUCGCAGCUGAUGAAGGCUCUGCAGGUGACGGAGCAGCGGCAGAAGAGCGCAGAGAAGAAAAAUUUCAUCAUGGAAGAAAAGAUUGCAGCGCUGAACAAGCUGCUCUGCAAAAUCACCCCAGCUUCGCUCACAGCGUAGCCUGUGUGCUCAUCUCAUACUGUAGCAAUACAUCUAGCAAUUACUCGUGUUAAACAUAAAUUACCUUUAUUUUCAGAUUGCUGUACAGGGACAAUCAUUUAUAACCCUAGCCCCCCCCCCCCCCCCCAAACACACAAACUGUAGAAUCCCCCUGAAACCAGACAGCAGGUCUGAGGUAACUUUUUUAUGUGCUGUAUUACAGGGAUGUAGGAAGUUAAAAUAGCUUGUCAUGUUUUUAGAGAUUUUACUCAAGAGAAUUGGAAAAAGAAUGCAGCAUUUUCAGUGUUUUACCAUUGGGGUAUUUGACAGUAGUUGUGUGGGUCAAAUAGUGACUAAUUCUUUCUUGUAAGAUCAAUCAUUUGUCCAUGUUAAUUUAUACAGGUAGUUUGCAAAAAGUCAGCAGUAUCUUUUAUAAGUAAUCAAUAUCUAGACCACUGUGAAUCCCAGGCAUGUUUGCAUGGGUCUCCUGUGUGUAGCAAGCCAGGGAAAUGUGAGUGUUUAUCUUGUAUUUGAAAGAGGAUGCCUGAGCAUUGCCUGAUAUUAAUCAGCUAUUGUUGGUGGCCAAGCAUAUUUACAUUCAUGUCAGAAUGGGUGAAAAAAACACAAAACUUUGAUAAUGUGGACAGGACACUAAUUGUAACAGUAAUAUGCUUCAAAACUAAAACUAAUCCACCAAGUAUGCAUUUUACAAAGGCACGUUGAAAGAAAAAGCAAACACUGAUAACCGUAUUUAAUUUUUUUACAAGUGCCAGUGAAGAAAUAUGUUACCACUGACAGGCUUUUAUUCUAUUUAUUGAGAGAUUACAGUGGUCUUUUUAAAUAACCAGUUCUGUAACAAGAUAAGGUACUGUAUGUGUAUAAGACAUGAUGUCAUUUUGAUACAAGAGCCAAGGAGCAUGUACAUAUGUAUAAUUCUCGAUAAAACACUAUCUAAACUUGUUACAUUUUAUGCACUGAAGUAAUAAUGUAUUAAUAAUGUGUUUUGCUAAAAAACAAAUGAAGUACUGUAUUAUCAAAUUGUGAUUUUUUUUUUUUUUAGAUGAAUAUUGGAUAACUAUUGUAUAUACUAUUUAAUGAAGACCAAUAUAACUUACCCUUCCCAUAAUUCAAUUUGAGGAUUCAAAUAUGAUUUAUUUAAUUAAUAAUUGUUUUUUAAGCUUAAAACAGUACAGUAAAUAUUGCUUUAUCUGUGUGUGACAAAAUGUAAGUGUUGUUACCCCAAAGUUAACAUUUAACAAAAUAAACCUGCUUAUAAAGACACUUAAUCAGUUACCAGGAUAUAAAGAGAUUGUUCCAAACAAAAGUAAUAAACUAUAACUUUUCUUAGACAAAACAGGACAAUUUUAAAUUAAAACAUUGCAAUGCUUUCUACGGAGGAGAGUAUUCUGUGAAGUUCCCGUUAAGAAUGUUGCACCAACAAGUUUCUCUAAAUUCAUCCUCAGACAAAAUCCACAGACAUACCUUCCUAAUGGUUAAAUUGUUUUUUGUAAUAAAGGAUUUAUUUACUUA